AUGUCAUCAAUAUUGAUGGAUGAGGACAAUAUUGCCCAAGAAGUGGAAACUGAUGAUGAAAAUGAAAUUCAACAACAUUUGCUGGAAAAUACUUUAGAUGAUCGAGGUAAAUAA